AUGUCCGCACUUGGAAGAAAGUGGGCAAAACUGACCUUGAACGACCUAAGGGACUUGUGUCAGUCCUGUAGUCUAAAUACGUAUGGUAACAAAGAAGAGUUAGGAGAAAGAUUAAGCACACUUUUCUCUGAAAGAAAUAACGUCUCACCUGCUCCUGGUUAUGAUAACCACGAUGAAAACGAUAGAGUUAUAGAACUUACAGAAAACUCUGAACCUGCCCUUGGUGACUCUGGAAUUAUGCGAUGUGAUAGUACCAGGACUCUGGAUAUAAGUGAUGUUUGUUCUGAAACUGAACUACUCUCUGGUGACGGACCUAAAUUAGGAGUAUCAGUUGGGAAUGACUCUGGGUUUUCUCAUUCGUCUAAAGGGAAAGGAAAAACCCAUGAUGCGAUAAAGAAUGAGAACCCUGUUCUAGUUAAGAUGUUUCUUGCUGCAUUAAAUAAAAUUGAAAAAAAGAUAGACCAUAAUUUUGAAGCCUUACAGGAUCAACAUUAUAAAGAAACAGAGCCUUGUGACCAGUACGAGUAUGAUUUUUUGAUAAAAACAGGUAAAUGGCUUGACAAAGCUAUAGCCCUAUUACCUGAGCAAGUGAGUAAUGAAUUCUAUGCCAUAAGAGAAGAUAUCGAGUCACGUGCAGUUAUGUUACAUCUCGCAAAUAAUAAAGGAUGGAAACUUGCAUUGCAGGUAGUAGGUAGUAAUGACAAAAUGAUGCAAAAAUAUAAGGACCAGAUCGGUGCAGCAACUCAAGUGUGGGCAACACCAAAAACUAACCUUUGGAGGUAUAAGAAAAGGCCAAAUAAGAAAAUGAAAAGGAAGUACAUUAGCUCAUCAACAUCAUCUUCUGAAUCAGAAGACAAGCCAAUAAAAUAUCAAAGAAGUAAGAAAAGGAAAGGAAAUGUAUUUUCCUUUCGUAACAAAAGAGCCUUUAAACCGCAAAACUCUUCAGACUUAGCCACUUGUUACAAUUGUAGGGGAAUCGGUCACAUCUCCCCAAACUGCCCCUCACCUAAUGCAAAAAGAUCACCACCCAAACCAAAAUCUAAACAAGAUGAUUAA